AUAAGACUGAUGCAGGGGAUAAGGCUAAUGCAGGGGAUAAGACUGAUACAGGGGAUAAGACUGAUGCAGGGGACAAUAGUGAUGGUGAUGAUGAGGACAAUGUGGUGCUAGAGAACACUACUGUAGAUGAAUGUCACCCCAUUGAAGACCCAAAUGCUCCACCAAUCUUUGACAGUGAUGAAGAAAAUGAUAUUGAUUAUGAAGAUAUUGUCAAGACAUACAAAGUUGGAGAUGAAAGCAGUGAUUCAAGCAGUAGUGAAGAAGACAAUGAAGAAGUUUCUAAUGAUGACAAGAAUAAUGAUAAGGAUAAUGAUGGUCCUGAAGUAAAUGAUGAUAAAUAUUCCAAACCAAAGCUUGAUUACCAGAAGUGGAAAGAAAUGUUCAAUAUGCACAGUGAUGAAGAAGAAGAACCAUUAUUCCCUGUAGAAGAAGAGGUGACUCCUGUUGAUCCUACUAAGAUGGAGGUAAAGUAUGCUUUUAAUAACAAGAGUGCUUAUAAGAAACAUCUUAGGGGUUACUGUGUAAAACAUAAUUAUCAGUAUACGGUCUAUAAGAGUGACAAAACAAGAUUAAGAGUGAGAUGUAGGUUUAGGGAAGAGUAUGGCUGUAACUGGUUUGUAAAUGCUAGCAUAAAAAGGCAUGAGCCUACUUUUAUUGUUAGGAAGGUUAAUCUAGAACACACUUGUGUUGCGGAUCCAAAGAGUUUUAACAGAUCCGCGGAUCCUGAGUUCGUAAAAGAUGUGGUACAUGAGAAGUUAAAGCAGACAGCUGGGGCCUUAAUUCCAAAGCCUAAACACAUUGCAAGAGACUUUUUUGUAACUCAUAACAUCAAUAUACCUUAUAUUUGUGCAUGGAAGGCUAGAAAUCUUCUUUUAGAAGAUCUGUUUGGUAAUUAUGAAGACAGCUACAAGGAUGUACCCAUCUUUUGUGCAAUGGUGGCUCAUACUAAUCCAGGGUCUGUUGCUAAAUACACUUAUGGGAAAAGAGAUAAGACAUUCAUGAGCAUGACUAUUUCAUUUGCUGCACCAAUGAGAGGAUUUCAGAAAGCUUGCAGGGGAGUCAUAGGUUUAGAUGCAUGCCAUCUAACUGGAAAGCGUGGUGGUGUUCUAAUGGCUGCAACAGCAAUUGAUGGUCAGAAUUCUCUGGUGCCUUUAGGCAUUAAGGUGGCUAAGAGUGAAACCAAGGAGAGCUGGACUGGGUUCCUCAAGGAUUUGGCUCCAGCAAUCAAUGCACAUCAUGCUGGCAGAAUUACCUUUAUUUCUGAUAGGCAAAAAGGGUUGUUGGAAUCUGUUCCAAAGGUUUUCCCUGGUGCAAGAGUUAGAUAUUGCUUCAGGCACUUGUACAAGAACUUCAAGAAGUACCACAAGGCACCAACCUUGCACAACUUAUUGUGGAAUGCAUGCAAAGCUUACAAAGUGAGGCAUUUUCAGAAAGUCCGGCUGCUGGUGAAUCUUAGGAAAGAAGAUCCAAGUACUUGGUCUAGGGCUUAUUUUGAUCCCAUUAGCUGUUGUGAGCAUAUGAAUAACAAUUUCUCAGAAUCAUUUAAUUCUAUGAGUUCUAAUAUGAGAGAUAAACCAAUAAUCCAACUAGGCAUGAUGUAUGGUCAGUUAGUAAUGGGUUUGUUAUUUAAGAGAAGGGAAGAAUCUGCUAAGUGGAAUCAAAAUGAUUUGGUCCCUGCUGCUGUUAAGUUGAUAAAUAAGAUGCUUGACUUGGUUGGGAAGUUUGAUACAGAAGGAAGUGUGGUUGGACAGGUUUAUUUGGUAACUAAUGUGUCUACCAAGAAAAUUUUCACAGUGAACAUUGUAGACAAACAAUGCACUUGUUUGCAAUGGCAGCUAAGGGGAUUCCCUUGUCAACAUGCUGUAUGUGCAUUGAAACUGCUCAGGCCAAACUGGAAAGAUUAUUGUGCUCCUUACUACUCUGUGGAAUAUUAUAGGACCAUAUAUGCAGAUGCUGUAAAUCCACUAGAAGACAUAAGUGAAUGGAACUGGGAAGAUAAGGCAUCCAUGGACAUCAACUUAAAGCCUCCUCCUUAUCAAAGAAAAACUGGAAGACCAGCAAAGAAGAGGAGAGAGCUAUGA